AUUUUGAACGCUUUUUCAGGUGCUCAAAGACACUUGACAGUGGUAUCUGCACUGAAUUUAUUUGACAAAUUGGGCCUAUUGACACAUUCAUUCUGAGUUUCAUGUGUGGGCCAUAUUCCAUUCGCCUAUACUUUUUCAAUUAGCCAAUUCAAAAGGGUCCACGGGCCACAGUUGGCCCCGCAGCCUUAGUUUGGACCCCCCUGACGUAAGGUAGUUAUUAUUAGGUCAUCUGACUGAUCACAGGACAGCUGUGAUAGGGUUGUAGCCUAAUAUGAAGAGCUGAAAUGGAAGAUAGGCAGCUCAUUAUUUUUAAUCAGCUAUUAAUAAUAUUUAAUUCUUGUUACUCAGCUCUCUCUGUUCCCCCUCCGUCUAUGUGCCAGAUAUUGUACUUUGUCCACCACUACAUUUAAUUACCAGCUUUAGUUACUACUUCCUUCAUAGGCCUACAUGUUUAAGAAUCAUUGCAACCCACUGCAUUAAUAAGUUAAGCUACAGCUGUAUUUCAAGUAUUUAAAAUGGGCUCCCCCAUUCCAGCAGCGACGUUAGAUGCUGAACACAUUAAUGCACCAAUAUAUGUAGUCCGGGGAAUAAUAGGGCAGGCUAUAUCAUUCUCAGUGAAAUAUCUGAGCAGUAUUGCUCAACUGGAGUUGAACAUUUAGAGCACGUGCUGAGGUUAACGCUGUUAUCACAUUUGACUGAACACGUGUGUGGUGACUUUGAAGUGGAACCCAGAUUUAGAACCUCAUUGUUGACAUUUAAUUAGUUUCGAUGUUGUUGCUUGUUUAUAGCUGUAUAGCUGUGGAACCGGAUGUGACGUGGCUGCUAUAUGCACCAGCUGAUCGCAGCAGUAAACAGUUCGGUCAUUACUGUCACUUUUUGAUGAAAAUCCGCAAGCACAGCAGCAACGGGUCACGCGCUACUGACAGGCCGCGGGAAAUGCCGCGCGUGCAGCGGACACUGUUUGUUUUGUUUGACAGACUGCUCAGUGUCGAGGCCUACUUACGAUGCUAAGCUAACCAGCUAGCUGUCACCAUUCAUGUAAACAAGUGGUGAAGGCAGUGGACGGUCAGGGUUAGCCCCUCUAAGCCGGACGGUGAGGACAGUGCGACCGGCCUACACUCCUCCAUGUUGAGCUAAUGUCUGUUCUGGUUGUCGGAAGCCUAUGACUGUGACUUUCAGCAGCGAUCCCGGACAGCUACAAGAUGUGGAUAAAGCUGUUCUUCUUGCUCUUGUAUUUUAUGGUGUUGUUUAUGCUAGCGAGGCUCUUUGAGGCAGUGGUCUGGUAUGAGACUGGGAUGUUCUCCACCCACCUGGUGGACCCCGUGAGCCUCAGCUACAAGAAGCUGAAGACCAUCCUGGAGAGCAGGGGACUGCCUUACUCCGGCCUGGCCGAGAAGAAGGAUGUCAGCGAGCUGGUAGAGAAAUCAGGAGAGCUGACACAUGGAGAGCUGUACUCAGCCAUGAAGAAGGAGAAGGAGCAGACGGAGGCAGGAGACGGCAGCACCAUCUUCAGUGGAGAGAUGCACUUCUAUGAGUUAGUGGAGGACACUAAAGAUGGGAUAUGGCUGGUGCAGGUCAUUGCCAAGGACCGGGAGGCCCUGCUCAGUCAGUCUAACUGGGGGAAGAUGGUGCAGAAAGUGUCUCAGUUUGGGAUCAGAACUGGAACCUUCAACUGCUCUAAUGACUACAGGUCCUGUAUCAAGCGUGGCUGGCAGCGCUCCACUCUCAUCAUGUCCGUUCCUCAGACUUCAGCAUCAAAGGGCAAAGUCAUGCUUAAAGAAUACAAUGGCCGUCGCAUUGAACCUGAACACAUCUUCCGCUGGAUGACCUCACAUGUGGCUCAUCGAAUCAAAACACUGCAUCAGUCUGAGCAGCUGGUGGAGGAGUGGCGCUCUGACCCCGCCCACCCGGUGAAGAUGUUCCUGUUCGCCUGCCUGCCCCAGCCCCCCGCCUUCUUCUCUGCGCUGUCCGUGAAGUUUACUGGAAGGAUCGAGUUUGUUUUCGUGGACGUACAUCACUGGGAAAACCACAGCAGCCUAUCAGAGAUAGAUGUGACACAGAGCCCCGCCUACAUUCUCAAGAUGCCUGAGGGCAUCUAUCGCUAUGGCAGCAGGUGCAGAUUAAACAUUUUAAAUUCUAAUGAGUUAUUGUACAUAAAAAGUAAUACAAUUUGUUCCACUCCUCUCCUUUUCUCCUUCACUCUUCUUCUUUUUGUCUUCUCCUCUCCUUCACUCCCCCCCACCCUUCACUCCUCCUUUACUUCUCCCCUCCUUCAUUCACUCCACCCCUUCACUCCUAUCCUUAACUUCUCCUCUACGGAGUGUGGACUGGUAGCUGGAGAGGUUCCAGUUCACCUCCUGGGCCCUGCCAAGGUGCCCUUGAGCAAGGCCCCCCACCUGCUCCGGCGAGCUGGCUGCCCUUUCACUCUGACACCUCCCCUAUCCUACAUGUGUGUAAACACCAAAAUUUAAAAAAAGUAAU